ACGAUAGCCCAGACCGGGCUUCCAGGCGCCCGUGAACACGGCACAUGGCCAAAAAGGGACCAAAACCGAACGGAGCGUCUGUUUGCCGUCGGUUCGCCAUCAAUCAUUCCAUCGGUCGACGGCUGGUUUGCAAACGAACAAACAGUGGUACAUCCCGCUACCGACGAUUGCGAGGAGUGUUCGGUGGUAACGAGAACCCUCCGGUGUCUGCCUUUCGUACCUUGGCUCGAGUCGGUGGAGUAUUAUGCCUCGUAUCGAUCUCAAUCCUCAUCUCCCCGUGCCAGCGCAUUACUUCUCGGUUAAUAAUAGCUCUCCUGCGAGCAAGCAAGCUAUUGCUCAAUAUCUGCAAGCCAUUGAAAUCACUCAAACCACUCAGGAACUGUCCUCGAAUCCUCCUCCGUGUGAUAUCUCUCGACAGAGAGUAUUUGCGGUUUGCUCGAGAUUCGCGCCACCUUGAUCUCGGGCUUGUUCACCCCUUGACCAGAUCACUCGUUCUCUGGGCCUAGGCCUGCCGAUCGCUUAGCAGAUCCUCGAAUUGCCGAGCCCAAAUCGGGCAAUUCCCAAAGUCUGGGAGAUGUCGCGAUCUGAUCGGAUCUGCCGACGACCGUGGGUGAGAGCUCGGCCCGUACUCACAGUCAGACGAGAAGACGACUGGAGAUGACGAAGUAUGGGCGAGUACUAGUUACAACUUUGUAGCCCCCGAGUUAUAGAAC